CGGCCCCUCCGCCUCACGGGCAGCCGCGGGGACAUCGCUCCCUGGAGGGCGGUCGGGCGUCCUGGUGGGAUGAGAAUUCCCUGGAAUGAUCCCACGAUGAGGAUGAUCGAGAGCGUGGACUCCGUGGUGACCAGGUCCAGCGAGGACCUCUGGGCUGAGAUCUGCUCCUGUCUGCCACAUCCCGAGCACAAGGACGCCGGCGAUGCUUUCACAGACUCCUUCGUGGAUUCCUACGCCGAGGGCAGCGGAUCGGGUGGCUCUUCCCAACCUACCCUGAAGCCCUGGGCACCCCUGAACGACUCAGAGGUGUAUUUAGCGUCCCUGGAGAGAAGACUGAUGAGGAUCAAAGGCCUGUCCCAGGAGGUGACCUCCAAGGACAUGCUGUGCACGCUGUCCCAGGCCAAGAAGGAAUGCUGGGACAGGUUCCUGCAGGAGAAGUUUGAGGCAGAAUGUUACGUUGAGGGCCACGAUGCUGACGAGAGCACGCUGGAGCACCUGAAGCGCUGGCUGCAGCCUGACAAAGUGGCCAUCAGCUCCGAGGAGGUGCAGUGCCUCAUCCCGCCGGAAUCGCAGCCGGAGAAGCCGGAGGCCGAGGAGGAGCCUCCAGCUGCGGAGCAGUGAGCGCCCGCGGCCGUGCCCAGGGCUGCCUCUUGUCCCAGCCCCCAGGAAGAUGCACCCAGCCAUAGGAAUAGCAGGAAGAGGGGCACAGAGCAAAUUGUCAGUAAUUGAGAAAGGAAUUUUUAAAAUAAAGAGCCCCCAACACACCAAAUUCCAGCUCUGGAGCUCUGCAGACAGCAACUGGCACUGGUAGGGACAAGAGCUGUGACACAGCUGAACCAAAACCUCAGGUGGAUCUUCUCCAGCCUGCGGCCACCUCAUCAUUCCAGCCUGGAUGUGGAUUGUUUGGAAUCCAUCAGGAGACACAUUAAACAACAACAACAACACAAAAAAAAAGCAGUUGUGGAGAAGCACCAGAAGACAUCAUGGUCUAGAAUAGAGCAGAGAAACCACUGAAUCACUUUUGUUCUGUCUUUUACCUUUUCAUUACUCAGCGGGGCAUUGUUUUCCUCUCCUGCCAAAUCCACUUUGGUGUUUUCUCCAGAUCUUCACUGUUUCAAUGUGACUUGGCCCCAAGCUGUGCCAGGAAGAAGAUGAAUAUUUCCCACCUCUGUGAAUUUGGGACCCUGAGGGAAGCUCUCACUGCCAUCAAUGAAUUGAUGGUGUCAUGGACGUUGUAGCUAUUUCACAUUCCUCUCUGUAAUGUACCCCCUAAUAUCCCACUUCAUUGCCCAAAAUCUCUAUUACAGACUGUAGGGGGAGUAGUUUUCCUCUUGUUGGUCGUUUUGUACCUGUUCAGCCUCUCCAGAAAAAGAUUACACGAGAUUCUGUAUGGGGAAACCAAGAGGGGUAGCCAGGGAAGCUACAAACAACUUGUUUUCAUCACAGAAUUGCAUAGAAUUCUCUGAUUUAAAAUAUUAUUUAGUAUUUAAUUGUUUUUUUUUUUCACCCUGCUUAACUCUUCAAAGGGUUAUUCCCUUUUACUAAUCCAAGAAUCUGUGAUUUUGUGCUGAUUUUUCACUGAUCUGUGUGUUCUGCCUCGGCACCAACACUGGAGGUCGGUAGAGGGAAGCAGCACAGUCUGUCAGAGCUUCUUAAGGAAAAUUGUGGUUCUAAGAGUUAAUCCUCACUGGAUUCAUGCCGUGUUCAUUUAUGUAUCUGUUUGAAAAUACUUUUUAGGAGUAAAUUUUUGCUGGAGCCUCCCAGUUUCCUGUGUCUCUACCCAAAUAGAGGCACUGCUCUCUCAGUCACCAGGUCACAACUCGGAGAUUGUUCCCACCGUCAGCUUUCCUGGUGUAACUCCCACCCCAGACUCACCUCCCAAAAAAGUUCCCCUCCCACGCUCAGAAUUCUCCAUUAAAACAAUCCCUUGUUUUUUAAACCUUGAGGAAAGGGGUGAAUCAUCCGAGUGCCAGUGAAGCACAACUCGCAAGCCUCAUGUCUUGCUGAUUUGGUCAUUAAAUGUCCCUUUUAAUUUAUCCUUUAACUGUCCUUUAUUAAGUCUGUGUCCUUGUGCAGAUCUCUCUCACCUGAUGUAACAAAGCUGUGACGAAGAUGCAGAACUCUGAGCUGUUCCCAGAAAUGGUUUGUGCAGAGAGAGAAAGCAGCAAUUUCUCUGUCCCCAGCCUAUUUCCCAGUCAAUAAAAUUCUUCUUGUGGUUAGCAA